AAGCACGGGGCUGGAAUACUAUCAGGUUGCUCAAGCCUAGACAAGAGAAGUCGAGAUGCAGAGGACGGGUUCGAACCACGGACCUUCCGGUCAGUAAAUCCGCGCUCUAACCACAUGAGCCAUCUCGCCCCUCAUGUGUCGAAUACUAAUAGUGCGUAUCCACAUCUCACAGAAGCGGAAAUUAGUGAGCGCGAAGUGUUCUGUGUUAGCUGGAACAUGAGGCAGUCUGGUGCAGCACAUUUAGUUGCCUGGAAACAUCACAAACGAGAGAUUCAGCUGGAUUCCAGACGAGUCUCUCGCAAAACCAAAUUUAUCUGCGAA